UGGGUAUAAAAGCGGAAGCACCGGGGGGGUUUGGAGCAAAGCGGUUUGGUUAUUCGUUGGGUUGGUCCGUGCACUUAGCUCCUGAGCUGCGGCUCUUCCUUAGGCGGCGGGAGCGGCGUCACGGACUAAGAAGCGGCCUAAGACUUCGGCGUUGAGUGAAAGAAAAUGGCCCGAACCAAGCAGACUGCUCGCAAAUCCACGGGUGGGAAAGCGCCCCGCAAACAGCUGGCCACUAAAGCUGCCAGGAAAAGCGCCCCCUCUACCGGCGGGGUGAAGAAGCCCCAUCGCUACAGGCCCGGGACCGUCGCGCUUCGAGAAAUCCGUCGUUACCAGAAAUCGACGGAGCUUCUGAUCCGGAAGCUGCCUUUCCAGAGGUUGGUGAGGGAGAUCGCCCAGGAUUUCAAAACCGACCUGAGGUUUCAGAGUGCAGCCAUCGGCGCGCUGCAGGAGGCUAGCGAAGCGUACCUGGUGGGCUUAUUUGAAGAUACGAACCUGUGUGCCAUCCACGCUAAGAGAGUCACCAUCAUGCCCAAAGACAUCCAGUUGGCUCGCCGGAUACGGGGAGAGCGAGCUUAAGGGAAGGCAGUUUUUACGGUGUUUUGUAGUAAAUUCUGUAAAAUACUUUGGUUUAAUUUGUGACUUUUUUUGUAAGAAAUUGUUUAUAAUAUGUUGCAUUUGUACUUAAGUCAUUCCAUCUUUCACUCAGGAUGAAUGCGAAAAGUGACUGUUCACAGACCUCAGUGAUGUGAGCGCUUGCUCAGGAGUGACACGUUGCUAAUAUGCAGAAGGGAUGGGUGAUACUUCUUGCUUCUCAUGAUGCAUGUUUCUGUAUGUUAAUGACUUGUUGGGUAGUUGUUAAGGUACUAGAAUGAUAAAUGUGUACAGGGUCCUUUUGCAAUAAAACUGGUUAUGACUUGAUCCAAGUGUUUAACAAUUGGGGCUGUUAAGUCUGACCAUGCAUCACUGUGAUAGAAUGUGGGCUUUUUCAAGGGUGAAGAUACAAGUCUUAACCACAGUGUAAUAACUUACAGUUUCCUAAAAAGAAAAAAAAGUAAACCUGGCAGCUAUAGAAUACACUAUGUGCAUUUAUAAUAGCUAUUUUAUAUAUUGUAGUGUCAACAUUUUUAAAUUAAAUGUUUUACAUUCACAUGUGGGGAGUCUUGUCAUUAAGGUGUGUGUAAUUUAGGGUCCAGUUGGUGUUCUAACUAGACUGCACUUGUUUUCAUAGUAGUAAAAUGCUUUGCAAAUAACACCUUGCAGAAGUCCUCAUUCUACCACAUGUGAACUAACCCUCCAGCUGAUAAUGCAAACACUAUCGGGGGAUUUUAUUUAUAAGGGCUCUAGAAUACAAGUUAUCACACCAGCAUCAUCUGUUACUAAUAUUCUGACUAGUUAUGGUUAGUGCAGCUUUUCUUUGUGUUGUGGUUGGUUUCAUAACUAGGCUGAGUUCCUCUACCAAGAGGAAACAAGACCCGAGUUCUUUUCCUUGUAGAGUUUGUAUUAUAACCCUUAGCGUAAACUUGCUGUGGGGGGGGAGGGGCACUUAGCUCCAGCUUGUUGCAUCGCGGCCAGUUAGCUUACAUCUGGUAUGUGGUCCUGGGGAAAUCACUUUAUAGAGCUGGUCUUCCAAGUGGUUUUUAAAAUUUAUCCUUCUAUUGAAGUUUUUAGGUCAAUUAUGUAUGUUGACUAAAUUUACAAAUAAACUUGUUUAUCCAA